AUGAACGGAGAUAACAUGGACACCGACCAUGGCGGCCAAAUGGCUGGUCAGAUGCCUCACCAGGGCAGAGUCACCACCAUAGGGCAGGUGUCGCGCGUUGUUGAGAACGGCCUCAAUGAGAAUGGCCAGAUGGUUCCUGAGCACGAGAUUGAGACUGAGGCUCUCAACCUCCAAUCUCUCGCUCAGGCUCUGCCUACCUCCAACCAGCUGCGUACCUCUAACCGGCCGGCUGUUACCAUCACUCAGCACCAGCGUUACAGCCGCCGCCGCAUCGCUCUUCGCCAGCGUGUUCACAGGUUCAUCCCCAACGUUGCUGCUCCGGAGGACUUCGACACCUACUUCAUGCCUGCUGUAGCCGCUUUCUUGGCUGGAGAUUUUCCAAGGACUGCCCUUAAGACCUUUGAGGCCUUCAUCUUCGCCAUGUCGCUCUACAACCAGGAGAUUGUCGCUGACUACCAUCGCGAGGAUAAUGAGGACCCUCAGAUGCGGGAUAUCCAGGCCAAGAGACGCCUCCAAGAGAACGUCUUCCGCGUCCAGACCAUGGUCACUGACCUUGAGAGAGAGCUGAACAGACGUCAGAUGCUCGGCGCUGAGACCGCGGAGGAGCUUCGCUACAAGGGAGAUGUCGUCCGCAAGCUCAGAGAGGACGUCAUUCCUGAGAUCACUGAGCUUUUGGUUAGUUCUACUUAA